AUGCUGAAGGAUACUUCUAAGUUGGUGAGUCACGCGUUGAACCAGGCUCUCCAGCUAAACGAGUCAGAUACUCAAGUCUCCACGAUUGAUUUGAACCUACUCGUCAAUCUCAACACCAACCAGUCCCUUAACUAUAUAAAGCUCGAGCAGGACCUUAAUGAGCUUGAAGUGGGUGCCAAGAAGUCAGAAGCUCUUCAGGAAGAGUUUAAACUGUUACAGCAGGACCUAGCUCAGAUAGAGAAACAGGUAGACGUGGUGACCGAGUUGGUGAACGAGCUCGAUGGCUGGACCAAGGAGCUCGAGGAGGAGAAGAGGAAGUGA